AUGGCCGUAUUUGGUUUCUUGGGAGGAAUUAUUGGCUUUUUCACCCAGUGGAUUUACGCCUUCUUUGCGUGGAUUCUAGGCAAGUCACCAAAGGCGACAUGGCGAAGAAAUCUUCGCAAUGCCCAAAGCUACAAGGACUGGCGCACUGCUGCCGACCAGCUUGACUCCAUCUACGGUUUCGAUAAAUGGCGAAAUGACAUGAAAUCAAACCUCUACGGCUGGAAGGCGGUUCAAGACCACCUCACCGAGUUACAGAGGGCAACAGGUGACCCUACCUUGCACCACACCCUUCCAAACUUGAUCAGGUCGGGCUUGACACGCAACAUGGGCAACAUCACCUCGACAAAGCUUUAUCACCGUGCUUUCGGCGGCACCAAGCACCUGAUUGAGCACUAUGUCGUCCAAGUCGGCAUCUCCAUCAACAAGGUUCUGCUGCCCGACUCAUGUUCUGGGAUCGAAGAGGAAGGGGAAGAGUCCACCCAAGCCGGCACGGGAGGACACCGCGGAGCACCCGUCGAGCUUGCAGUUACCCCCAUCACUUCCCGACGCGUGCAAGGUCUAUGGACUCUGCACGACAAAAAGACGGCCGCCGCCGACUUCCAGCGAUCCUUUGGUCACACUUGCUUGAUCCUCCAGGGUGGUUCCAUCUUUGGCAUGUGCCAUCUCGGCGUCGUCAAGGCGCUGCACGAAGAGGAAUUGCUCCCCCGCUGCAUCACGGGCACAGCCACUGGGGCGCUCAUCGCCGCUUUGGUCGCUACCCAUACUGACGAGGAGCUGCCCAGGGUCUUUUCUGGUGAGCUGGUUGAUCUCAGCGCGUUUGAGACUCAUGCGCGAAAGACAAGUUCCGGCUCUAGGUGGGCAACGCUGUUCCGGCGCCUCCGCCGAUUCGUGAACAAGGGCUACAUUCUCGAUUUGACCGUGCUCGAGCAGCUCGUGCGGGACAACGUGGGUGAUAUGACCUUUCAGGAGGCUUUCGAGCGUACUGGUAGGGCUCUCAACAUUACUGUCGUUUCCUCGGGUCAGGGCGGAGUGCCCACCGUCCUUAAUUAUCUCAGUACGCCUAAUGUGCUCAUCUGGACAGCAGCGGCAGCCUCUAAUGCAGACUUGCCCUCGCUCUAUGGUAGUACGACGCAGCUAAUGCGUAAGGGAUAUGAUGGGAAGAUCGAACCAUGGGGACCGCCGAGAACCUUUAGGCACUUUUCGCAGGCGCAAUACACGGAGCAAAACUCACCAAUCCGCAAAAUCGGCUCGCAGUUCAACGUCAACCAUUACAUAGUAAGCCAGGCACGGGCAUACAUGCUGCCCUUUCUCAGGCCAGACAUGCACGGCCCCGUAUCCAGCUUCAGCUGGAUUCUCAACGACCUGGCCUGGUACGCCGGUCUCGAGGUACGACACAGGCUACGCCAGCUCGACAGGUUCGGGCUGAUCCCGGGCCGCAUAAGGCGCCUUGUGAUCGACGAUGUCGUGCCCAGCGGCAGAGGUCUGACCGUCGUGCCCGACGUCAAGAUGGCCGACUUUGCACGCCUCCUCGAGGUGCCCACGCAGCAAUCGCUGGCGCACUGGAUCAGGGUCGGGGAGAAGAGCGUCUGGCCGGCGUUGGCAGCGCUCCGGGUCCGCUGCCACGUCGAGUUGGUCAUACAAAACGCCCAGGAUGUUCUCGACGCGACUAACGAGGCCGAGUACGCGGAUCUGGGAAUGCCAAACACUGAAGGCAACGGUGCGGGUAAGGCAUGA